AUGGCAAGCAAAUACGGUGUUUUACUAUUGGUACAAAUUGGUAUGAUCUUGUUAGAUCUUACAUUUAAUACUCUUGAUAUAUUAAUUUCAACGGAUAGCACUAUUCAAUUGAUGCUUCAUUUAUUGCAAGAUGCGCUAAUCCUACUCAGUAUUAUUAUCAUUCUAAUUGCAUUUUCAUCAACAUUUGUCUUUCAAGCAGGCCUUAUUGUUUUAUUGCUUAGCAAAUUUGCAUCAACAAUUAUCUUAUCCCUAAUAUACCUCACAUUAUCCAUACUUCUUCAUUUUUAUGAUAUGCGUCAACGUUGGCUUGUUGAAGAUCAAAAUAAAUGGUCAACAAUUACUUUUACACUUUAUAUUUUACAACGAACAGCAGCAAUACUAUAUUAUUUUACAUGUAAAAGAACCAUAUUAUUAUUAUCAAAUCCGAAAUAUCAUCAUGAUUCAGAAUGGAUCCGUGAACAAAUACGUCAGAAAAAUUAA